AUGGUUGGGGAUCAGCCCGGACGUCCACCUCGGCUCCUGCUGCGGGGCUGGGGAGCGCUGCUGCUGUCCCACUGCUUGUCCUCCGUGUCCUCCCAGGUCCCGGAUCCCGAGCUUUUGCCCACAGAUCCCCCGAAGAAGCCGGACCCCAUCACCUCAGAGUCGGUCGUCUUCUGGGGGCUACGCUUAUGGCAGGUCAUCGCCAUCUUUUCCAUAUUUGUUUUAGCGAUUAUUAUCACACUAUGUUGUAUGUUCAAAUGUCGAAUCCCGAGAACCAAAAAGGAAAUCGAGGCCCGGCACGCGCAGAGACUGGCCGCCAAAGUAUACGCCGACACAUUAGAGACAGUGCCACCUCUGAAUGAGCUGACCGAGAUCCCAGGAUCUGCAAAGGUAGAAGAGAAAGAGGAGGUGCCAACAGUCUCUGGUAAAGUGGAUGCUGAUAAAGGAGCGAAGAAGACCAAAGAGGGCAAGAAAGAGGGCAAGGGUGCCAAACAAGGGAAAGGAGAUGAAAAGGAGGAGGCGCCAUCAAAGAAGGGCGAAAAGGGAGCAUCCGGUAAAGAAGCUGGUGAAGGGAAAGGGAAGAAGUCUGGGGAGAAGGGGGACAAGGGGGAGAAAGGGGACAAGGGGGAGAAAGGAGGCAAAGAGGAUAAAGGAGGAAAAGGAGAUAAAGGAGGCAAAGCGGGGGCUAAAGGAGGAGCCAAGAAAGCUCAAAAGUGA